UGCUGCUUUUGUAAGUUAAGAAGAAAAACAUUUCUUAUGAUAACAACAUUCAACGACUCAUGAUAUCAGCAAUUUCUUCAAAGCUUUUUCACAUGUUUUUGGGGAUGAAAAAUAUCACAAAAAUUCCACCAAGGAUUGAGUUUACAGCAAAGAAAUACAUUGGACCACCUUGACCGAAUUCGUUUGUUAAAAGGCUGCUUAGAUUGAAGACAACGAUGAGAAAAAUCCAUGACGUUGACGUACAAAUAGUCAGAAUAAAAUCAAAACUUACUGUCGAUGGUGCAAUCUCCGAAAUGA